GACAGCCUCGUGAGUGUGCUGAGUCCAUUCACAUGCAAUAGUAUGGCUUUAGACGGGCUCUCCUGCAGCGGGAACUUGAGGCUGACAUUUCCAAGAAGGUUUGCAAAGUGCAUGAACGGAAGCACUGAAGUCUGCAGAGGACAGGAACCUAUUCAGGAAUUUCUGGUAUCUUCUUUGAUGAACCAAGUCAAGUGCAUUUUGUUCACGAUUAUGGGUGACGCCCCUUCGAGCGUCCUCUCGAAAAUCCUCUGCGAGGUGUCGUCCGUUCUGGCCGAGAAGGUCCGCCAACUGCCAUACUUCGGAUUCUUGCGUAACUUGCUCAAGCCGGUUCUGAAACUUCUCAGGAGGAUCGUCGGAUGCGAGUGAAAACAACCGCAUGUAUUACACUACUGCCAUUUCUUCACCUUGCAUUGUACAGAGAAAAGAUCACUUGCUGCACCAAGUGAUUU